CUCAGUUUGUGUCAGUGUUGCCUCGAGUCUCUCUGGAUUGUCCUCCUCUCCCUUCUCCAAGGGCUGCAGGAGCAGGUGAGGUAAGUUUUACAGAAAUGUUACAGAUGUGACUGCGUAUCACAGAGCGUCUGGGGAGAUACAAGUUGUCAGUUUUCAAGAAGUCAUAGGUAGUUUACAGUCAUGGUGAGGAGGAGAUCUAGAGUUACAAUACUGGACAGCCAGCUUUUGUCCUUCGAAUUAGUGGUUACGCCCAGCUGCAGGAGAUGAAUACAAAGAAGGACAUCAUUACUCUCUAGUGUUGCGGAGUGUGAUGUGCCUCUCAUCUGUAAGACUGUGUAGGCAUCUAUAAGCUUUUUUUUUUUUUGAUAUACCUCAAACCAUGAUGGAUUUUGGAUGUGGAAGGCCUUCCACAGAGAAGGCUCUGAUGAUCACCUUGCUGUUUUCAUGGAGGAGUUUCACAUUUUCUUCUCUAAUAAUUCAGAGUAUCCUGGCUGGGUCAAACUGAUGCUGUGUCUGAACCAAUGUUCUGACUGUCUCGUUUGGAGAGUUUUCUGGGCAUAAAACUUGUGGCAGCGCGAGAAUUGGGUUAGUUCAUAUUGGCUGCUGGAAAUUUCCGUGGCUUUUUUUACCAUCAUCUUUGUUUUCUGGGCAGCAACAAUAAAUUGGGACGAACUUUCUGAUGAGUUUUUUGUUGUAAGGUAGCAAACAUUUAUAUGAAACAGCCUAAUUUUUCCCCCUUGGACUUUGGGUUGUAAAUAGGUUGAAAAGCAUUGAGAUGCUUGACUAGCUCAGUUUCUGAUGCAGAGGAUUGGCUUUCCUUAUCUUUAGUUUUCUUCUGGCAUUUAAAUCUUUGAGUUGUUAAAAUCUGAUUGAUCUCCCUUGUCAUUUCAACAGAGAACAGCAAUAUUUCUUUCCAUUACGGUUUAAGAUGUAUUUUAAUAAAGUUUCUCUACUUAGGAGCUCUGUUUCGUGUCUGCCUGUGAAGUCUCCACUUGAGACUUCAAGUGGCUGGCUGGUAUACACAGGACCUGACUAUAGUUUCUUUCUUGGAAGAGAAAAUUAGCCAUGUGUACAGGCUGGAGUCAUUCAGUUUUGCUGUACACAGUAGGAUACAGCGUGGCCUGAGUUGCUCCUUUCUCAGCUUUUUCGUGUCAGCCUUGUUGCCAGGGAAGCAAGGGAAGAGUUGCAUUCCUGCCUGUCAAUAUGCUCCAUUUUCUGUUAAGGUUCUCUUCUGUCCUGGGUUCAACUGUAACAGUUAUUUUUCUCCUUCUUCAUAGCUGGUGCAGUGCUGUGUUUUCGGCUUUAGUCCCAGAACAAUGCUGAUAACACACUGAUGUUUUAGUUGUUGCUCAGUAGCGCUUACCCUGAUCAAGGACUUUUCAGUCUCAUGCUCUGCCAGUGAGGAGGGGCACAGGAAGCCGGGAGAAAGCAGAGACAGGACACCUGACCCAAACUAGCCAAAGGGGUAUUUCAUACCAUGGCACGUCAUGCCCAGUAUAUAAACUGGGGGGAGUUACCCGGAAGACCCAGAUUGCUGCUCGGGUCGGGCUGGAUAUCGGUCGGAGCAUGUGGUAGGCAAUGGCACAAGUUAAGAUGCAGACUCCAGCAAACCUGUCCGGACCCACCAUGUCCCCUAUGGUGCUACCCCUGCCAGUUGCCACUACAAAUACACUGGGUCUGCCGUCCUCAAUGAAUGGAUCCAUUUCAGAUUCGGCUGCCAGCUGUAGCAGUCCUACUGCCGGCCUUGUGGAUCCUGCACCUUCCAGCAGCUCACCAGCUCCUCUCCAAGAUAACAUGGCAAACCCCAAAGAGAAAACUCCAAUGUGUCUGGUAAAUGAGUUAGCCCGUUUCAAUAGAAUUCAACCCCAGUAUAAGCUUCUGAAUGAAAGAGGGCCUGCUCAUGCCAAGAUGUUCACAGUGCAGCUGACUCUCGGAGAACAGACAUGGGAAGCUGAAGGAAGCAGUAUUAAAAAGGCCCAACAUGCUGCUGCUAGCAAAGCAUUGAAUGAAACUACCCUUCCCAAACCAACACCUAGACCACCCAGAAAUAAUGUUAACAAUAAUCCAGGCAGUAUAACUCCAACAGUGGAGCUGAAUGGUCUAGCUAUGAAAAGAGGAGAGCCUGCCAUCUACAGGCCUUUAGAUCCAAAGCCAAUUCCCAAUUAUAGAGCAAAUUACAAUUUCCGGGGCAUGUACAAUCAGAGGUAUCACUGCCCAGUGCCUAAAAUUUUCUAUGUCCAGUUAACUGUUGGCAACAGUGAGUUUUUUGGUGAAGGAAAGACUCGUCAAGCUGCUAGACAUAAUGCUGCAAUGAAGGCCCUUCAAGCUCUCCAGAAUGAGCCUAUUCCAGAAAAAUUACCUCAGAAUGGAGAAACAGGAAAAGAAUCAGAAGAAGAUAAAGAUGCAAACAAGUCUGAGAUCAGUGUAGUGUUUGAAAUUGCUUUGAAGCGCAAUAUACCUGUCAGUUUUGAGGUGAUUAAAGAAAGUGGACCUCCUCACAUGAAGAGUUUUGUUACACGAGUUACAGUAGGAGAAUUCACUGCAGAAGGAGAAGGCAACAGUAAGAAACUCUCAAAGAAACGUGCUGCAAUAGCUGUCCUACAAGAACUUAAGAAACUUCCUCCUCUUCCUGUGAUUGAAAAGCCAAAACUUUACUUUAAAAAGCGUCCAAAAACAAUAUUGAAGACUGGACCAGAAUAUGGUCAAGGAAUGAAUCCCAUCAGUCGUCUGGCUCAGAUCCAACAGGCCAAAAAGGAGAAGGAGCCAGAGUAUGUUCUUCUUUCAGAGAGAGGAAUGCCUCGCCGUCGAGAGUUUGUUAUGCAGGUAAAAGUAGGCAAUGAUAUUACUACUGGAACAGGCCCAAACAAGAAAAUAGCUAAAAGAAAUGCAGCGGAAGCAAUGUUGCUACAGCUGGGUUACAAAGCCUCUACUCCUCUUCAAGACCAGCCAGAGAAGCUUGGAGAAAACAAGAGUUGGAACGGUCAGAAUGUUGGGUUUCCUGAGCCAACAAGUAACACACCAAAGGGAAUACUCCAUCUCUCUCCUGAUGUUUAUCAAGAGAUGGAAGCAAGCCGCAACAAAUCAGCCCCUGGUACCACUGUAAGCUAUUUGUCGUCCAAAGAAAUGAGCCAGACUUCUAGCUCUUUCUUCAGCAUAUCUCCUACAACAAAUAGCACAGCCACGAUUGCCAGGGAACUUCUCAUGAAUGGAACGUCCCCAACUGCCGAAGCCAUAGGUCUAAAAGGAAUAUCUCCUGCUUCCCCCUGUUCUGCAGUGCAGCCUUCAAAACAGCUGGAGUAUUUGGCAAGGAUUCAAGGCUUUCAGGUAUGGGAGGGGGAAAAUGAAGCUCUUCAGCCAGAAUCAUAGCAUUUCCAUCAAGGUUUCACUCUUGCCCUCUUGAAUGUGGGCAUGCAUGUAACUUAUCUUGUAAAAUUAGCUGGUGUCCAAGGCAGUUUCUGGGUCCAGGAGAUACAGCCCCUGCACCAAUAUAGAUGUCCCUUCUUUUUUUUGUUCCUUCCUUCCAUUCACCUUACUGCAGGCCAUCUUUCUCUCCUUUGUUUAUUCUCCUUAAAUAAUUACGGGCUUAAGUUGUGCUUUUUACUUGCACUUCUUGAAGAGUCUUCACCUCUUGGCAUUAGAAGCUUUACAUACUUCUCUGGCAUUGGUUUCUCUCUUCGACUGUGAUCCAGAAGGUAGUGACGCACCACCUUAACUUUGCAUUUGUCUUCUGGGCCAGGUCGUUAAAGCCGUAACUCUGCUUUCUACCCUGCACCGCUUACUUGUAACCUGUAGAACAUUUUCAUCAGAAGGUGCAGCCUAGGAGCAGAGAUGGUGUCAGAGUAAUGCAGAAUGUUUUUGACAUCACAGUCAGUACUAGAGAAUGUAAGAUGAACCACACUGGGUCAGUGCAUGAGUCCUUCAGCACUGAUAGCCUGUAUUCAUCAAUGGCAAAUACCCUACAUUUCACAGAAUAGGUGUGGCAGCCUCUGUAGUACAUCCAGUCAUUUCUGCAGUGUGGAAGAUGGGAAAAGGAAGCCUCUUCCCAAUCACCGUUACAUGCAAAAUUACACACUGUAGGGGUAGUAGCUCGUUUUGCUGUGUGGCACCAUCAGAGGAUAGAAUGAGCUAUGUAGAAAUGCUAUUUUUCCUGUUGUAGGUUUUUUAUAUGGGUGUUUUUGAUUUUGUUUUUCAGAGUUGUGAAUUUGUUUCAUUUGAAAAGUUGGUUUCGUAUGUUCUAGCGUAUGUAAUUUGAUCAUGUAACCCAAUUCUGGAAAUGGGAGGUUUCUGUUAGAAUUUUUGCAUGCCCGAUAAUGAUUUUUUUUCAUCAAAGCCCAUGUAAUUUACAAAGUAUGCAGUUGUUGGAAGUGAUUUAAAAGAGGCUGCUAGAAUUCAAGAUACAGUGUCAGAUGUUCUGUUGGCAUAAGCAGCAUAGUUCAAUUACAUUUGCAUACAUCAGAUAUCACCAGUUGUGGAUUUGACCUAAUGCUGUUUCUGUCUAAAAUGUACAAUCAGCCUUCUUUCGGUCUUCAUUUUUAAAGUAUUAUUUUUGAUUUAUUAGUUUGAAUAUCUCUUAAUGCAAGAAACGGUAAAAGCCUAAGCCUCACUGUAGUAGAGUUAAGCUGCUAAUAGGAAUUCAGUUUACCUGAGUUCCAUUUGUUACCUGCCUGCAGUAGAAACAGAUGAAUUCUGAUGAAAAGAAAUUCAAUCCAUGAAGUUUUCACUGCUCGCUUUCACAUCUUGUCAGAUUGCUUGUGUCUUCUAGUAACACUUUAUUUUCAUUGAACCGAUGCACAAUUUAUGUUACUGUUUUGAUUCCUACUUGCCUACAGUAUGUGGUUACUGUAAAAUGAUUAGUUGUGUUUGUCCUGUUUUUUUUCAUGCUUUGAUUCUAGAUGCUUAUGUAGAAAUUGUUUUUAAAGGAUCUUACCUUGAGCCAAAAAAUAUAAUCCGUUUAGUCCCUAAACUAGACUACUACUUUUUACUUGGCCCUGAUACAAACCAAGGAGCUUGGUAGAGAAUCUCGAUUAUUAACAUCUGUCUGCUGUGUAUGUAACUGAUGGUUUUAUACCAUCUUAGCAUGGUUUUUAACACCUCGCUUGAAUAAGCCUGGUAUUGAUGUGAAACUCUGCCGCUGCUGGGUGGCUGAGCUGAGGUGGAGCAGUGAACAGAAUCUCUGUGGGAAAUGGCUCAGUGGCCUGUCAGGUGCAUAUCACAGGUCUCUUCACCAUUUCAGCCUAGAAAGCUCUUUGUGUUUAAGAGUUUAAAAGCCAAUUUCUUUACAGGUUAACUUUCUCAGGCAUAUUUACGAAGUAGAAAACUACUGCAUUUGCAAACAGCUAGCUUGUUUCAUGUUUCCUGAAUGACCCAAAAUGACUUUUAAACUGUUAGCAUGUAUUUGUAUUCUGGUCCAGAUGAUAACCAUAGUUUUGUCUUUCAUUGAAGAACGUAUACAUUCUGUUCUGUUACAAUGUAUUUUUGAAUUUUUAAAAAAAUCAAUAAAUACUCAUAUGAUGUUUCAUUUGUAAAUGUAAAAAAUGUUAUUUGCUUAUUUGAAUGGGUCUUUUUUAACUUCUUUAGCCUCAGGGGACAUGUCUUUAAAAUGUGGUUAUUUAAAUUCUUCUAAACUGUUUGUAUAUGAUCUCAGCCAUGUUCUAUUGUAAGCCCCUAAUAUUAAGAGUUACUGGGACCAAUGUAUGGAAAAGUACUAAAAAAAUUACAUUUU